AUGAAUUGCCUCCUCUCGCUGCUCGUGACGGCUUCGGCCGUGUUGGGAGCGGAGCACGACGGCCACGACGGUCCCUGCCACGCGGGCUGCUUCGUGCACAAGAACGGGACCAUGCUGGCGGUGAAGCUCACCUACGACGGGAACAAGUUCGACAUCCCAGGCGGGCAGACGAAUUGGCAGGAGCCCGCCACGCGCACCGCGCAGCGGGAGACCUGGGAGGAGUCGGGCUACGAGGUGACGAUCGGGCCGCUCCUGGCCACGGUGCGGGGCGGGAGCUUCAGGAUCUAUGAGUGCUUUCUGAACGAGCCGGCACCCAAGAAGAACCCCGACCACGAGGUGUCCAGCGUGCUGUGGAUGAACGAGGCGGAGAUUGUGAACCACGUGCAGGAGCACACCUGGCGCUUCGAAGCGGAUCAGGCGCAUCUUUACAUCGAAUGGCUCCGGAACCUGGUGCCGAAUGGCCAGAACCACAGCCGCAGGCUGCUGCUGGUGUGA